AUGAAACUACUAUCAAUAGUACUAUAUAUUUUCAGUUUUAUUUCAUUAGUAAUAGCAUCAUAUUCAUCAUCAAAAAUAAUACAAGCAAAUGAUCAAAAUUUUCAAAAAUUAAUUAAAACCCCAGGUAAAUUUUCAUUUGUUGAUUUUUAUGCAGAUUGGUGUAGACAUUGUAAAAAAUUAUCUCCAACAAUAGAUGAAUUAUCAAAUAUAUUUCAAGAUUAUCCUCAAAUUCAAAUUUUAAAAAUAAAUGGUGAUAAAGAUGGUAAAAAAUUAAGUAAAAAAUAUGUUGAAAUUGGUUAUCCUACAUUAUUAUUUUUUGAUGAUAGUGGGAAAUAUACUGAAUUUCAAGGUAGUAGAGAUUUAGAAAGUUUUAGUAAUUUUAUUCAACAAUUAAGUGGGAUUAGAUUAAAUAAAGACAUUGAUGAACAAAUUGAUAAACCAAUAGAUGUUGUUGAUAAUGACGGAAAAAUUCAACCGAUACUGUCAAAAGAUGGAGAUGUUAAUAUUGAAGAUGAAGAUAAUAAAAUAAUUCAAUUAACUUCAAAACUGUUCAAAAAGGCAAUUGAAACAAAUCAAAAUCUUGUUGUUUUAUUCAGUUCAGAAUAUUGUAAUGCAUGUCAAAACUUCGAACAUUUAUAUAAAAAAUUAUCAUCAGAAACAUUUGGUAAAGAUUAUCCUAAUUUAAAAUUUGCAGAAAUUAUAGUUGAUGAUGAAGAAAGUCAAAAAAUUAUAAGUCAUUAUCAAAUUAAAAAUUUACCAAGUGUUUUAUUUUUUAAAAAUCAUGAUUUACAAAAACCAAUUAUUUAUAAUGGAGAUGUUAGAAGGUAUGAUAAAUUAAUGAAUUCUAUAAAUUUAUAUUAUGGAUUAUCAAGAGAUAUUAAUGGUGAUUUAACUAAAGAUGCUGGAAUAUUACCAGAAAUAAAUGAAUUAAUUUCAGGAAAUUUAAACAAUAAGAAUUUUGAACAAAUCUAUCUUAAAAUCGAUGAAGUUGAUGAUUCUAUUGUUGAUUUUUAUAAAUCAAUUUUAGAAAGUUUACAAUUUAAGAAUUUUAAAUUUCUAAAUUUAGAAUUCAAUAGAAUUCAAUUUAUCUUGAAUGAAGAUUAUGAUAAAUUGGAUGGAGUAACUUUGGAUAUAUUGAAGAAAAAAUUGAAUGUGUUGAAUUCUUUAAAAUUGUAA